AUGAAAAAGGUAAUUAUAAGUGGUGUUCAUUUGGAAGAUGGACAAAAGAAGCUCUUCAACCAGUAUGAGAAGGAACUAGUGGAGCUGACUAGAAAAUUCAGUGACAAUAUCCUCGAUUCCAUUAGAAAAUAUGGCAAACUAGUUACUAGUGUGGAAGAAGUUGAGGGAUUGCCGGCAACAUCUCUGGCACUUGCAGCAAAAGCAGCAGCUUCAGAGGGCUAUGAAGUUGCAUCACCCGAGCUUGGGCCUUGGCUAUUUAAGAUCGAUAAAUCUAGUUAUUUUCGAGUGAUGAAACAUCUGAAGAACAGGAAAGCCCGAGAGGAGUUAUAUUUGGCUUAUAGAAACAAAGCUUCUACUGGGGAGUUCAACAACACUCCUGUCUUGACACGAAUCUUAGAACUCCGAAAUUUGAAAGCCAAACUUCUUGGUUACAAGAACUAUGCCGAGAUUAGUAUGCUUUUGAAAAUGGCAACACUUGAUAAAGCCAACGAGUUGCUAGAAAGCCUUCGAAGCGGGGCAUGGGAUGGUGCUUUGCGAGAACUAGAGGCUUUGAAGGCUCUAGCAGCGUCCAAUGGUGAGAAUUAUGAGCUCAUGCCUUGGGAUCUUCCAUACUGGAUGGAAAGGCUACGAGAAGCCAGGCUUGACAUGAGCGAGGAAGAGUUCAGGCCAUUCUUUGCAUUCCCUCAUGUGUUGGAAGGCUUGUUUUUGCUGGCAAAAAGACUCUUUUCAAUAGAGAUUGAUGCUGCAGACAACCUCGUGGCAACAUCCAUUUGGCACGAUGACGUGAGGUUUUUCAGAGUGAAAGAUAUGGAUACCAAGGAAACGCUUGCCUACUUUUACAUAGAUCCAUACUCAAGGCCUCUGGAGAAGAGAGGAGGUGCUUUUGUUAGCAGCUUUGUGGCAAAGAGAAGCCGAGCUCUUGCACCAGAGGGUUGUGACAUCCGACUCCCAGCUUGUAUCAUCGUUUGUAAUCAGACGCCGCCUCUCGGAGACAACCCAAGCUUGAUGACAUUUGACGAGGUUUUACUUGCCGCAGUGGAUCUAAAGCUCCACUCUAACUUUGAGCCUAAUGGUUUGACAACGAAAAUUCACGAAGUGUAUAGCGAACUAUCACUGAAAACUCAGAUUCCACCGUGCAUGCCUGGAGAACAAUACCUUUGCAGCUUCUCACAUAUUUCUACUGCUGGAUACUAUGGUUAUAAGGCUGUGAAGGAGGUGGGGAUGCGUUUCCGCAAUACAAUCUUGGCACUCGGAGGUGGAAUGGCGGCUCUAGAUGUUUUCAAAGCAUUCCGGGGCAGAGAACCAUCUGUUGAUCCUUUACUUCGGCAAUAUGGACUUAGGAAAUAG